UCACCGACAGAGGCGGUACAAUCGCUUUCACCGGCAAUGGCGGCGAUAUCGUCAUUCUUUCACCGGCAGUAGCAACGACGGUAAGAAGAAUCUCCUGUAAGAAAUUAAAUAACUAAAGAGGUAAAAAAGAUGAUCCCAAAGCAAUUUCAUGUAUUGGGCAAAGGCGCUGCUAUAGUUUUUGGAGGAUUUCUGACUCUCAAUCUUGCUGCUACUGUUGCCAUUGGUGCAUUUCGCUCUGUAGCAGAAAGGAAACGGAAAAAAUCUGCCUUGCCUUGUGGGAUUUGUAAAGGGAAAGGAUUUUACUUAUGCAAGUUGUGCAAUGGAAAUGCUACAAUAAAUUGGUCACCUUUGUAUGAUCCUAUUCAUAUUAACCCUUGUGUUUGCCCUACUUGUGAUGGUAACAGGGUGCAGCGCUGCUUAAACUGUCUUGGCAAUGGUUAUAGUUGACUACUACUUGAUUUGUAAGAGUUUUAACUGUGAAUUUUUCAUCACUUUAUGUUUCUGUAUCCCAUUUUGUAAGUGAAUUUGUGGAUAUUUUAUGUUUCUGUGUCCCAUUUUGU